CCCGAGAGCGGCAGGGGGGCGAAACAAAAAGAGAGCCCCGAAGCCUUUGGCGUUGCCCGGCGGUUUCCGGGCCUCCUCUCGCGAUUGGGGGCCGAAAGGCGACGGGAGCGAAAGGCGAGAGAAGCGCGGAGCACACGGCGAGAGGAAGCGUCGGGGAGCCUCGGCGGCGUCCCCAGGGUCCGCCAAAGCCACCCGGCCGCUGGCUGGGGCCCGGGGUGGUGAGGAAGUGCUUCGAGGCCUAGUUGAGGCCUAGUACCGGCUUUGUGUCCGAGGCGGCGGCGGCGGCGGGGGGGAGGCGGAGCCGGGGGCGGCCUGCGGGAAGGCCUCUCCUCCGCCGACCGCGCGUUUUUGGCCUAGGCCGCGGGCCGCUCGUGGCCUCCGGGGAGCAGGCGACAGGGGUUUGCGUGUGGGGGGGCCUGGGCCUGGGGAAGCUGACGCCGGUCGUCCGGAAGCCAGGAGGAGGCGAGAGGCCGCUCGUGGACUCCGGGCCUAGGCCCUCUUCCCCCAACCUUCUCCCGGGGCCUGGGUCACCCCAAUCCACGGAAAGAGAGACCAACCGGGAGGUGCGGCCUCGCUAUGGACCCCUGACCCCGCGGGGUCAUUCGGACUCUAACGUGUGGACUGACCGCUACUGACUGCACCGCCUGCCCCCCGUCUCCUGCCGGCCCUUAGCAUGAGCGAGGGGGACCCAGCCGGGUGACAUUGUGCCCGUUGGCGGAUUCUCGAUUUCCCCUUUCCCCGUCCUCGUCCGCUUCCUCCCGUAUGAAGUGCUUCUGAGUAUCGGGGGGAGGGGGGCGGGGGGGGCUCUGGAUUAUUGUUUUUACGAACCCCUGCUUGUGGUUGGGGGGGUAUUUAAUCUGAGGCCUUAGGGUCCUUCGGUGUCUUUUGAGUGUUUUGUGUGUGUACAUAUUUUGCUCUUAAGUUUAUAAAUAUACAUAUAUUGAGCGUGUCCACGUCUCCUCGCUGAACCUUAGGAAUCCUUUGGCACCAUGUCCUGUGUGCAUUAUAAAUUUUCCUCUAAACUCAACUAUGAUACCGUCACCUUUGAUGGGCUCCACAUCUCCCUCUGCGAUUUAAAGAAGCAGAUUAUGGGGAGAGAGAAGUUGAAAGCUGCCGACUGCGACCUGCAGAUCACCAACGCGCAGACGAAAGAAGAAUAUACUGAUGAUAAUGCUCUAAUUCCUAAGAAUUCAUCUGUAAUUGUUAGAAGAAUUCCUAUUGGAGGUGUUAAAUCUACAAGCAAGACGUAUGUUAUAAGUCGAACUGAACCAGUGAUGGGAACUUCAAAAGCAAUUGAUGACUCUUCUGCGUCUAUUUCUCUGGCCCAGCUUACAAAGACUGCCAAUCUGGCUGAAGCCAAUGCUUCUGAAGAAGAUAAAAUUAAAGCAAUGAUGUCGCAAUCUGGCCAUGAAUACGACCCAAUCAAUUACAUGAAGAAACCUCUAGGUCCACCACCUCCAUCUUACACCUGUUUUCGUUGUGGUAAACCUGGCCAUUAUAUUAAGAAUUGCCCAACAAAUGGGGAUAAAAACUUUGAAUCUGGUCCUAGGAUUAAAAAGAGCACUGGUAUUCCCAGAAGUUUUAUGAUGGAGGUGAAAGAUCCUAACAUGAAAGGUGCAAUGCUUACCAACACCGGAAAAUACGCAAUACCAACUAUAGAUGCAGAAGCAUAUGCAAUUGGGAAGAAAGAAAAACCACCUUUCUUACCAGAGGAGCCAUCUUCUUCUUCAGAAGAAGAUGAUCCUAUUCCAGAUGAAUUGUUGUGUCUCAUCUGCAAAGAUAUUAUGACUGACGCCGUUGUCAUUCCCUGCUGUGGAAACAGUUAUUGCGAUGAAUGUAUAAGAACAGCACUCUUGGAAUCAGAUGAUCAUACAUGUCCAACCUGCCAUCAGAAUGAUGUCUCUCCUGAUGCUUUAAUUGCCAAUAAAUUCUUAAGACAGGCUGUUAAUAACUUCAAAAAUGAAACUGGUUAUACGAAAAGACUACGGAAACAGUUACCUCCACCAGCAGCCUCCGGACCGCCUCCGAGACCACUCAUCCAGCGGAACCUCCAGCCUCUGAUGAGAUCUCCAAUAUCAAGACAACAGGACCCUCUUAUGAUUCCAGUGACAUCUUCAUCAACUCACCCAGCUCCUCCUCUGUCUUCAUUAACUUCUAACCCAUCUUCCUUGGCCCCUCCUGUGCCUGGAAAUUCAUCUUCUACCCCAGCUCCUGUACCUGAUAUAACGGCAACGGUGUCCAUAUCAGUCCACUCAGAAAAAUCAGAUGGACCUUUCCGGGACUCUGAUAGUAAAAUCCUGCCGGCUGCGGCCCUUGCACCCGAGCAUUCAAAGGGGGCCUCUUCAAUCGCAAUUACUGCUCUUAUGGAAGAAAAGGGUUACCAGGUGCCUGUACUUGGAACCCCAUCUUUGCUUGGACAGUCACUAUUGCAUGGACAGUUGAUCCCCACAACUGGUCCAGUAAGAAUAAAUACUGCCCGUCCGGGUGGUGGUCGACCAGGUUGGGAACAUUCCAAUAAGCUUGGAUAUCUGGUUUCUCCACCGCAGCAAAUUAGAAGGGGGGAGAGAAGCUGCUACAGAAGUAUAAACCGCGGACGACACCACAGCGAAAGAUCACAGAGAACUCAAGGCCCGUCGCUACCAGCAACUCCAGUUUUUGUGCCUGUGCCACCCCCUCCUCUGUAUCCGCCCCCACCCCAUACACUUCCUCUCCCUCCAGGUGUGCCUCCUCCACAGUUCUCUCCUCAGUUUCCUCCCGGCCAGCCGCCACCUGCUGGCUAUAGUGUCCCUCCUCCAGGCUUUCCUCCAGCUCCGGCCAAUUUAUCGACAACUUGGGUAUCGUCAGGAGUGCAGACAGCUCACUCAAAUACCAUCCCAACAACACAGGCACCCCCGUUGUCCAGGGAAGAAUUCUAUAGAGAGCAACGACGGCUAAAAGAAGAGUCUAAAUCUCCCUAUAGUGGUUCGUCAUACUCAAGAAGUUCAUAUACUUACUCUAAGUCAAGAUCUGGUUCAACACGUUCACGUUCUUAUUCGCGAUCAUUUAGCCGCUCACACUCUCGUUCCUAUUCACGAUCACCUCCAUACCCCAGAAGAGGCAGAGGCAAGAGCCGAAAUUACCGUUCACGGUCUAGAUCUCAUGGAUAUCAUCGAUCUAGAUCAAGGUCACCCCCAUAUAGACGAUAUCAUUCACGGUCAAGAUCUCCUCAAGCCUUUAGGGGACAAUCUCCCAAUAAACGUAAUGUGCCUCAAGGGGAAACAGAACGUGAAUAUUUUAAUAGAUACAGAGAAGUUCCGCCACCUUAUGACAUGAAAGCUUAUUAUGGGAGGAGUGUUGACUUUAGAGACCCAUUUGAAAAAGAGCGUUACCGAGAAUGGGAGAGAAAAUACAGAGAGUGGUAUGAAAAGUAUUAUAAAAUAGGUUAUGCUACUGGAGCACAGCCUAGACCAUCAGCAAAUAGAGAGAACUUUUCUCCAGAGAGGUUUUUGCCUCUUAAUAUCAGGAAUUCUCCCUUCACAAGAGGCCGCAGGGAAGAUUAUGCUGGUGGACAAAGUCACAGAAGUCGAAAUUUAGGUGGCAACUAUCCAGAAAAGCUUUCAACAAGAGACAGUCACAAUCAGAAGGACAACACAAAGUCAAAAGAGAAAGAGAGUGAAAAUGCUCCGGGAGAUGGUAAAGGAAACAAACAUAAGAAACAUAGGAAAAGAAGAAAGGGGGAGGAAAGUGAAGGCUUUCUUAACCCUGAGUUAUUAGAAACUUCUAGAAAAUCGAGAGAACCUACAAGUGGUGAAGAAAAUAAAACAGACUCAUUGUUUGUUCUCCCAAGUCGAGAUGAUGCUACACCUGUUAGAGAUGAACCAAUGGAUGCCGAAUCUAUCACUUUUAAAUCGGUGUCUGAAAAAGACAAGAGGGAGAAAGACAAACCAAAAGCAAAAGGUGAUAAGACCAAACGAAAAAAUGAUGCUUCCACUGUGUCAAAAAAGGAAAACGUUGCAAAACCUGCUAAGGGACCUCAAGAAAAACUAGAUGGAGAGCGUGAAAAAUCUCCUCGAUCUGAACCUCCACUUAAAAAAGCCAAAGAGGAGACUCCAAAGACUGACAAUGCUAAAUCAUCAUCUUCCUCCCAAAAAGAUGAAAAGAUCACUGGUACCCCCAGGAAAGCUCACUCUAAGUCAGCAAAAGAACACCAAGAGACAAAACCAGUCAAAGAGGAAAAAGUAAAGAAGGAUUACUCCAAAGAUGUCAAAUCAGAAAAGCUCACUAAUAAGGAAGAAAAGGCCAAGAAGCCUAGUGAAAAAAGUAAGCCACCUGACAGCAAGGGAGAAAAAAGAAAAAGAAAAACUGAAGAAAAGGGUGCAGAUAAAGAUUUUGAAUCCUCUUCAACGAAAAUCUCUAAACUAGAAGUAACGGAAAUAGUGAAACCAUCACCAAAGCGUAAAAUGGAACCUGAUAUUGAAAAGAUGGAUAGGACCCCUGAGAAAGACAAAAUUUCAUCAUCAACUGCCCCAGCCAAAAAAAUCAAGCUCAACAGAGAAACUGGUAAGAAAAUUGGAAGUACAGAAAAUGUAUCUAAUACAAAAGAACCCUCUGAAAAACUGGAGUCAACAUCUAGCAAAGUUAAACAAGAAAAAGUCAAAGGAAAGGUCAGACGAAAAGUAGCUGGAGCCGAGGGAUCCAGCUCAACGCUUGUGGAUUAUACCAGUACAAGCUCAACUGGAGGCAGUCCUGUGCGGAAAUCUGAAGAGAAAACAGAUACAAAACGAACUGUCAUUAAAACUAUGGAAGAAUAUAAUAAUGACAAUACAGCUCCUGCUGAAGAUGUUAUUAUUAUGAUUCAGGUUCCUCAGUCCAAAUGGGAUAAAGAUGACUUUGAAUCUGAAGAAGAAGAUGUUAAGACCACCCAGCCUGUGUCAAGUGUAGGAAAACCUGCCAGUGUUAUUAAAAAUGUCAGCACUAAACCGUUAAAUACAGUCAAGUAUACUGAAAAAGAGAGUGAGUCAUCAGAGAAAAUUCAGAAACUCACCAAGGAAGUGAGCCAUGAACUUAUACAGCAUGAGAUCAAAAGUUCAAAAAACUCUGCAUCCAGUGAAAAGGGGAAGACCAAAGAUCGAGAUCAUUCAGUGUUGGAGAAGGAAAACCCUGAGAAGAGGAAGAACAGCGCUCAGCCAGAGAAAGAUAGUAAUGUGGACCGUCUGAAUGAACAAGGAAAUUUUAAAAGUCUGUCUCAAUCUUCCAAAGAGACAAGAACUUCAGAUAAGCAUGAUUCCGUUCGAGGUUCUUCAACUAAAGACUUUACCCCCAACAGAGACAAAAAAACCGACUAUGACAACAGAGAAUACUCAAGUUCCAAACGUAGAGAGGAAAGAAACGAAUUAACAAGAAGGAAAGACUCUCCUUCUCGAAGUAAAGAUUCUGCAUCUGGACAGAAAACUAAGCCAAGGGAGGAGAGAGAUUUGCCCAAAAAAGGAACAGGAGAUUCCAAAAAGAGCAAUUCCAGUCCUUCAAGAGAGAAAAAACCUCAUGAUCACAAAGCCACUUACGAUACAAAACGCCCAAGUGAAGAGACAAAACCUGUAGAUAAAAAUCCUUGUAAAGACCGUGAGAAGCACACAUUAGAAGCAAGGAACAAUAAAGAGUCAAGUGGCAAUAAAUUGCCGUAUGUGCUUAACCCACCAGACCCACAGACGGAAAAAGAGCAAGUUCCUGGGCAGACUGACAAGAAUGCGGUGAAGCCGAAACCGCAGUUAAGUCACUCCUCCCGACUUUCCUCCGACUUAACUAGAGAGACUGAUGAAGCUGCUUUUGAACCAGACUAUAAUGAAAGUGACAGUGAAAGCAAUGUGUCUGUGAAAGAGGAGGAAACUUCAGGAAAAGUUUCUAAGGAAGUGAAAGAGAAAAUCGUGGAGAAAGCAAAAGACAGCCUGGACCCGGCAGCAGGCGGCCAGAUAGGCACAGCCAGGAGCCAGAGCCAAAGCAGCCCUAGUGUUAGUCCAAGUCGAAGUCAUAGCCCUUCUGGAAGCCAGACCCGAAGCCACAGCAGUAGUGCCAGCUCUGCAGAGAGUCAGGACAGCAAGAAGAAGAAGAAGAAAAAGGAAAAGAAAAAGCACAAGAAGCACAAAAAACACAAGAAGCAUAAGAAGCAUGCGGGCACUGAAGCAGAAUUGGAAAAAAGCCAAAAACACAAACACAAGAAAAAGAAGUCAAAGAAGAGCAAAGAUAAAGAAAAGGAGAAGGAGAAGGAUGACCAAAAAGUGAAAUCUGUCCCUGUAUAAAAGGACAGAUUUUAAAAAUUGACUUAAUUACUAAGUCAUCUGUAUUAAAUUUUGUUAUAAUGUAAAGAGAUUCAAGCCUUGUAAAUAAUGAUAUGGAAGACCCUGUGCUGCACUUAAAAUAUUGCUGCUUGAUUAUUUGAUUUUUACAUCAGAGCUUUAUAACACGAACUUUUGUACAGAAUUGUGAGUUGUGACCAUGUAACAUGAGAGGUUUUGCUAGGGCCUAUUAUUUUUAACCACCAUUAAUUAGUUGGGGUGGAGUUUACUGUACUGUGAAAUUUUCACAUUUGAAUUUUUUUAAUUGCCUGGCAAAAGCUGGUAUCAGUUCUAAAAUAUCAGCAGAAUGAUUUGCUGAAUUCAUUACAACCCCGUUAUGUCACUUUUUGAUUACAAUAAAAGUUUUCAGUAAACUUUUCAAA